AUGACCCACAUCUUUGCAAUCAUCAAUAGCUUCGAGUGGAUGAACCACUGGAAGCAAGUGCAUCGCAGCUACUUGUCGGCACCGACGCGAAUAGCUCUUUUGAUCACCGGAAGUUGCACUGACUCCCACGUAAAAAGCAUCAAAUCGAUUCUGCACGGCUUUUGGCAACGAGAGAUGCUGAACGUCAUCGCGAUCACCCCUACCCAAGACCUCCCACUGAUCCACACGUACAAUCCGUUUCUGGUUGGCACCGAGAAUCCUCCUGGUGAACUCAUGAACCUGACCAGCGAAUUCUUUCCGGACAAGUUGAAGAAUCUCCAUAAGUACCCGGUCCGCAUAGCCUUCUAUGAGAAUCCACCCUACGUCUACCCCAAGACUCACCCGGCACCGAUGGAUGGCGGUGACUACGCUCUGAUGACGUUCCUCUCGGAGCGCUUGAACUUCACGAUGAAGUCCAGCAUGAAACAGGUGACAUUCGCUGAUACUUUCUUCCAGUUGUCGAACAGAAAGAGAACCGCAGCAAUUGGUGAUCUGCUUAUGAGAGACACUGACAUCCUCGGAAACUCUUUCUACCUGGAGUCCAUCAAUGGACAGGAGCUGGACAUUCUCUACCCGAGAUGGCGGACAGCUCUGGUGGUUAUCGUUCCAAGAACUCGUCCAAUCCGCGGAAUCUUGAACAUGUUUUCGUCCGUUGAUCUCACAGUGGUGAUCCUCUUCUUCAUUGUGAUGAUCCUCCUCGUCGUGUACCUCCGUGUGGAGAAGGAUACCCAUAUCUUCAUACAUGUAUGGAGACUUCUGAUUUAUCAGCACUUCGAUUUCAUCGGGACGCGGGCGUCGGAGAGGCUCUUCUGCAUAUCCUUCGUCAUCUGGUCAUUCUUCCUGGUGGAAUUCUACGAGGGACGACUGGUGAACGACCUCAGCUCGUCGUUUUACAAGGAUAUCAAGACUCUCCGAGGGUUGAUUGACAGUAAACUCACGGUGUUGGUGCCGUCCUGGCAGCAGACUGUGUUGAGUCACUCCAGCAUUCAGGAGCGGAUGGAGUUGGUGGGGCAGUUGGAGGUCGAGGGGAACUUCACCAAGUGCGCGCAGAGGGCGGUUGAGGCGGGGGAUGUCGGGUGCACCAUGGACGCCAAUGCUGCGGAUUACUUUAAAGAUCACAUCGCCAAAAACGCGUAUGAGGAGACGAAUGAUGGCACGGUAAAGGGACAGCUCCGCGUGAUGGAGGAGUCCCUCAUGAGCUUCUGGCGGCUGCAUGCCACGCGGAAAAGGUUCUUCCUCAAGGACAAACUUAAUGAAGUGAUUGGGAUAAUUCAGGAGGGGGGGCUCUUGAAGAAGUGGGAGAGCGAUGAGAAGGAUAGGCAGUUUCGGGAGCAUGUAGAGGAGCAGAAGGAAUCCGUGGGCAUGGACAAGAUGGGGGCAGCUUUCCAGUUGUUGAUGUAUGGACAUUGCCUUGCUACUGGUCAGCUGCUCAUUGAACUGGCGUGGCAUGCUUUCAAGAAGAAUCAUCUGAGGGGGUGGGAUGACUCCGAGGAGGCCUUUGUUGGUUAA